UCAUAUCUCUCUCUCUCUUCAGUCUCAUUCUUUCCAUUAUUUCUCUCUCUCUCUCUAUAGCUAGCUUUAUUCAUCAUCCUCGAUCUGAUCAUCCAGGCAAGAAAAGCAAAUGGCAAAAUCUGCAGAGCAAGAGCACCCCACCAAGGCCUUUGGAUGGGCAGCAACUGACACAUCUGGAGUCCUCUCUCCCUUCAAAUUCUCCAGAAGGGAAACAGGAGAAAAAGACGUAAGGUUCAAGGUGUUGUAUUGUGGAAUAUGUCACUCCGAUCUUCACAUGGCCAAGAAUGACUGGGGCACGUCCACCUACCCUAUUGUUCCCGGACAUGAGAUUGUGGGCAUAGUGACAGAGGUGGGAAGCAAGGUCGGAAAGUUCAAAGUAGGAGACAGAGUUGGAGUGGGGUGCAUGGUUGGAGCUUGUCACUCUUGUGAUAGCUGUGACAAUGAUCUCGAGAAUUACUGCCCCAAAAUGGUAUUCACCUACAGUGCCCCUUACCAUGAUGGAACCACCACAUAUGGAGGCUACUCAGAUGUCAUGGUUGCUGAGGAGCGCUAUGUGGUUCGUAUCCCAGACAACCUUCCUCUUGAUGCUGGUGCUCCUCUCCUAUGUGCUGGGAUCACAGUGUACAGCCCCUUGCAACAUUUUGGACUCACCAAACCUGGAAUGCACAUCGGUGUGGUUGGCCUAGGUGGACUGGGACAUGUAGCUGUAAAGUUUGCCAAGGGUUUUGGGGUUAAGGUGACGGUGAUCAGUACUUCCCCUAGCAAGAAGAAGGAAGCCAUAGAACACCUUGGUGCCGACUACUUUCUAGUCAGCCGCGACCCAGAUCAGAUGCAGGCUGCCAUGGGCACAAUGGAUGGCAUCAUUGAUACAGUCUCUGCUGUUCACCCUCUUCUUCCAUUGAUCGGUUUGUUGAAAUCUCAAGGGAAGCUCGUUAUGGUUGGUGCACCAAAUAGGCCACUUGAGCUACCAGUCUUUCCUUUGAUUAUGGGGAGGAAGGUAGUAGCUGGAAGCUGUAUAGGAGGGAUGAAGGAGACACAGGAAAUGAUUGAUUUUGCGGGGAAACACAACAUAACUGCAGAUGUUGAGGUUAUUCCAAUGGACUAUGUGAACACUGCCAUGGAGCGACUGGAGAAAGCCGAUGUUAGGUACCGCUUCGUAAUUGACAUUGGUAACACCUUGAAAUCAGCCUAAGAUAAGAUAAGCUAGCUGGCACAAUAAUUGAUUGUCCUCGAGCAAUUGACUUGCGGCCAAAUGAAGAUUGAAACUGAGUGGUUUUAGUUCGUUUAAUUCAACCAUAUAUGUACUUUUCUGUAUGGUGUUUGAAGCAUGGCUUCAUAUUGUACUCUAUAUAACCUUAUCUUUAAUAAUAUUAUUUCAUACGUACGCCAUUUCACACGUA